AUGCCUUGGUUCAAAGGUUGGAAGGUGGAGCGCAAGGAAGGCAACGCCAGUGGGGUGUCCCUCUUGGAGGCCCUGGACACCAUCCUGCCCCCGACCCGCCCCACAGAUAAACCCCUGCGCCUGCCCCUCCAGGACGUCUACAAGAUUGGAGGGAUCGGCACAGUCCCCGUGGGCCGGGUGGAGACCGGCAUCCUGCGGCCUGGCAUGGUGGUCACCUUUGCACCCGUGAACAUCACCACUGAGGUGAAGUCUGUGGAGAUGCACCAUGAGGCCCUGAGCGAGGCUCUGCCCGGGGACAAUGUUGGCUUCAAUGUGAAGAACGUCUCCGUCAAGGACAUCCGCCGCGGGAACGUCUGCGGGGACAGCAAGUCGGACCCGCCGCAGGAGGCAGCGCAGUUCACGUCUCAGGUGAUCAUCCUGAACCACCCCGGCCAGAUCAGCGCCGGCUACUCACCCGUCAUCGACUGCCACACCGCACACAUCGCCUGCAAGUUCGCCGAGCUGAAGGAGAAGAUUGACAGGCGCUCUGGCAAGAAGCUAGAGGACAACCCCAAGUCCCUGAAAUCGGGUGAUGCGGCCAUCGUGGAGAUGAUCCCUGGCAAGCCGAUGUGUGUGGAGAGCUUCUCCCAGUACCCACCCCUUGGCCGCUUCGCUGUCCGUGACAUGCGGCAGACCGUGGCUGUGGGUGUCAUCAAGAACGUGGAGAAGAAAAGCGGCGGGGCUGGUAAAGUCACCAAGUCUGCCCAGAAGGCCCAGAAGGCUGGCAAAUGAAUUGUGGGCUCCCAGUGCAUCGCGCAGAAACCAUCCCUGACACCAGGACGCUGCCACCGUCUCCCCCGGGCGCAUGUGUGCACAUCAGCUUGUAAGAGUUUAUAUGUCAACGACUGGAUGCUCACCAUUAAGGUCCAGUGGAAAUUCUUUAAAAGGAAAAGCAUGUUCCAGCGUUUGUGAGGCUUCAUGUUAAUUUUACCAAUAAAACUGGUAGAACAUCCACA